AUGGACGAGGUCCUUGCGGGCCCGUCCAAUACUCGCCAGUCACGGCGGGCUACGCAGAUGGCCAGCAGCCUCUUGUCCAGGCCGCCGCCCCUAUCAUGCUCCCAAUCACCGGGCUCACCAUCCUCUCCGUCUGCCCCAAGUGCGCAGAACAUUUCCAUCUCAUGCGUGACCCGCCAGACCUCCGAGGAGGACUGCUCCUACCAGCGCUUCCUCGCCUGGGUGGCCGUCAGGCGCAACUCAAGCCCUCUCAUCAGCUCCAGCGAGAAACUUCAAUGCCCUCUCUUCCGGUGCAGGAAGAGUUUCCCUGACCACGAACACAUGUUGAAGCACCUGGCCGCGUGCCAGCACCUACCCACCCGCGAAUACUGGUGCUACGAGCAUUUCCGGGUUGAGACGUUCGACGACAUGAAAUGCCGCCGCUGUAUCGGUCACCCCUCGAGGAGGAGGAAGAUGCUGUCCAUGGCCAAGACCUUCUUCUCCACCCUGGGACACAAGUCCCGGAAGGGCAGCCCCGACUCGAUACCCAUCCACGAGGACGUCAUGCUGGCCCCUCCGAGCUAUCAUGAAUCACAGGCGCUGAACUUAGACCUGCCUGAGAAGCCGGAGCUAUCCUCGACAGACUCUGAGAUUCUGGAGAUCGACUCGACCGAGGUUACUACGAUCAUCGAGCCUCCUGUCCCUGCCAUCAACCCGCAGGACCUGCUGCUGCCCGAGCUGGACUCUGUCCCUCUACAGUCAUCCAUGCAAUGGCAGCCCACGCCUUUCAUGUCACCCAUUAGCUGCUGUGAUCUCUCGGCAGCUGCUCCAGCAUUCGAGAGCCUGUCUGCUGCAUGUCCAGCACCACAUCUGCCCUCACAAGCAGUCCAGCAGCCUCACCUGGCGCCGCGUGCCCCUUCCCCCUCCGCACGGAGCAAAAACCUGUCACCGAGCUCGUCGGUGAGGUCCACAACCAGCACGGUGAGCAACAUCAGUUCGAUAUCAACGUCGUCGUCGCUGUGGAGUGCCCCUUCGACUGCGUGGUCUGGCCUGGAGACCAACUUCACGUCGGCAUCCGUGGACCUCCUGAGUCCCAUGGACGUCUCCCAGGGCGGCGCCAUCUUUGAUGGAGACUGCACCGAUGGGUGCCCGCCACCCAACCCCCUACAUACCAUCUCAGAACUUCCGGCCGACAUGCCGCCCUUGUAUGAGCUGCCAUCCGAUGGACUGGGCCUGGGCCUCCAGGAUCCUCUCUUCGCCUUUGAUGCAGGCUUGACAUCUGUCGACGCUUCAUAUCCAGCCGCAUUCGCUCUUGAUGAGGACGACCACGAGUCACUCGCUGUGCGACCACCGCCACCCCCAAGCUUUGCACAGCUAGCAGCACCCCAAUCCGAGGCCAAGUCUCUUGUCGCUGCUGCAUGGGAUGCACUACAAGAGCACAUCAUCUCUUCACAGGCAAAGAUCAAGGAUAUGAAGAACCCCCUCGCUGUUCAGUUCGGUAUGCUGUCGUGUAGCACCAUCGCACACAAAGGCCUCGCGUCUCUGCGCAGCAUCCUAGAUGGCCGCCCUCUGUCCUCACCGAUUGAUACGCUCUCCCUGAUCCACAUCAUCUACAGCCUCUCCCUCGUCGUGUAUGGGACCAGUGCCUCCGGGCGAUCUAGCGAACUGUUUGCCCAGUCCCUCAUCUACUCGGCAUGGUUCACACCUACCGAUCGGACACAAUUUCGUAAGGUGGCCCAAGCCAUAUGGCAGCCAGGCGAUAUGACCGAUCAGAAACUCAGCCAGCUUAUCCGUGACCAAACCUCUCAUCUUCAACGGUCCCCCAGCAACAAAGGCAAGGGCCCUGCAACUGUAGGAGAAGAGAAAGUAGCCAAAGAAGCGGACCCCCUGAUCUCAGUCGCGCAAAACUUUCUCGACGAACUCGAGAUGGGUGCGAUAUUGGGCUCCUCUUUUGAGACCCGUGCCUCCGAACUACGUGGGAAACACGCCCAAGCCGCAGACAAGAGCACCCAUGCCGUCCAUGUCGACGCUGUCAUGAACAUAUUGACAGUCCUUGUGAACCGCUUUCAUGAUGUGGAUGGCUUGAUUGCACAAUUGAGCAAGGUAAACCAGAAUAUCACCAACGGGCUUGUACGCUCAACGCGGCGGUUUGAGUUGGAAGCGCUCCAGGCCGGACAGAACUGUAUUGUUUCCUCCAGAUACUUUGAUAGUUAUGCCCCUCUCGUCCGCAGGCUCUGUGACCCGAUCUACGACCUGGAUAGCGGGGCGGGCACCUCACAGCGAAAGGACUACCAUGCCCUCGGCAUUUCAUUCAGUGAAGCACUCAUUGCAGAUCUGGAGGCCGAUCCGGUCGAUGACGAGGUCGUCUCGGCCAUCGGGUCUGAUCAUGAUGCCCUCCUCGAGUUGCUGACGCCGCCGAUGACUGAUGACCUCAUGGACAUGGAUAUCGAACUGCAGCCUCUUCUGGACCUGGCCUGGCAUGAUCUGGAUGUGCCAUCCACAUCUACAGGCAGCACAGUAGAGGGCCUGACGCCGACGACAGACAAAACAACUGCCACGUGGCCAGAUCUGAGUCGUUCUGCGAGCAGUGCCUCGUCGAAGAACACCAUGCAGACUCAGACACAGACACCGGCGACCUCCUUGUCCGCAUCCCCGCCACAGCAGCAGCAGCAGCAGCAGCAGCAGCAGGAGGCACAACAGGCACAGCAAGCACAACAGACGAAGGUGGAGGCGAAUGCGUGCUGCGAGACGUGCGGGUAUCGGCCCAAGGGCGACCCGCGGUGGUUCCACGGCAGCAUGGCAAAGCACAAAAGGCUCCAGCACUCGACCGAACCGCCGAAGUUGUACAAGUGCAAUUUCCCCGGGUGUAUGAGCCAGUACAAGAACCGGCCGGACAACCUGAGACAGCACCAGAUUGAGAAGAAUCACUUUGUGGAUGGCGACCAAGGGGCGACUAAUCCACGACCCAGCAAACGGAAGAAGAUGGCCUGA